GAAAACGGGUCCCUUUACAACCAGGAGAGGGGAGGUGUCACUUCGGCUGGAAUUUGUUCAAAGUUCCUCACAACUAUAAAUUUAUAUCUACAGCGGUAAACAGUGUGGGAAUAAAUCCCCAUGUGGUGUUAAAACGACAAGACAAGCUCGGUUGUGACCGCCUGGAAUCGGUGCGUGUAUGUUUCCUUCCUCUUCUCCCCUCUGAUCUUCCUGAAAACACCUGCGCGCUUCAGGUAACUCACCGAUGAAGAGGGAAGUCCUUGUGCGCUGAACGGUGAAAAAGAUUGUCCUGCAGGUAUGUGUUCCAGUCGGAGUUUAUGCGGCGGCAAUAACCGCCCCAACAGAUCGUCCAACUCGGAGACGUCUGGUUCAGGUGCCCACUAUGCCCUGUGCGCCCUGGGUGUGGGGCUCAUCGCCCUGGGCGUUGUCAUGAUUGUGUGGAAUGUGAUGCCCAUGAACGGAGAGGAGUCGGACGCUUCUCCACCUCAGCCAGGAAAUAACACUACAGCGCCUGGGAAUGACGAUGAAGAGGACACAGAUCGCACAAAGUCCUCAUCGGUGGCGCUGGUGCUAGUUGGGGUCGGAGCCGCCAUAUUGCUCCUGUCCAUUUGUCUCGGUGUGAGGAGCAAGAGGAGAGCUCAGAACCGAGCUAACCAGCCAGCAGCUGCCGGAGCCCCCUUUGCGGAUCACGUAGCAGGGGAGCAGCAACAGCCAGCUGUGGACCCGACUGCGUUCAGCGUGCCGAGCUACGAGGAGGUUGUUGGCAGCGACACCUACCCCGUCCGUGACAGCAACCUUCUCAACAGCACCUCACAGCUGCCGUCUUACGAGGACAUCUUGGCUGCCGUGGAAAAUGAGGGGGUGGAGCCUGCUAACAACUCCACGGAAGACACCCCUCUUAAUGAUCCCGCACCGGCCGCCGUUCCGGCUGCUGCCGAGGCUUCCGCCGGACCGGCCGCCCUCUCGCCAAAAAACAGCCUGCCCUCACGCAGCAGUAGCCGCGCCAGCCGUUUACUGCGACCCCUCCGAGUGAGGAGAAUCAAGUCGGACAAGCUGCACCUGAAGGACUUCCGUCUCCAAAUCCGCAGCCCCACACAGAACCCAGUGACCAUUGAACCCAUCACUCCACCGCCCAUGUACGACAACAAGACGCCUGAAUUACAGUGAUGCUUCACUCUUAUUGCCCGUUUCUGAUGAAAUGAGUGAACAUGCCUAAGAUUUAACGGACUAAUGAUAAUAUUUCUCAUUUUCAAGGUCGAAAUUACAAAAGUAAAUGUGACAGCAGGCAGCAUGAUGUAGACACACUUCUGAAAUGAGAAUAUUCCUGGUGAAUAUCUUGUUCGGUAUCACCGAUGCUUGUGAUAUUUAUUUUUUUGGUGCAUUAUUCAGUUUUAAUAGCUGCGAUUAUCUUUAACUUAUGUCAAAGAAAGGACAACGUUUCAGAUUUUACUGUACAGCCAAUAUGUUCUCACCUCACCAAUAAUUUGUAUAUUUUGAUUCUGAUUUGUUGCAUGAAAAUGUGAAUCUUGUGAUUUAAGUGGAAAAUAAAUGGGAAGGUGAUGAUCCGGGGGAUUUUUUAAGUCCUGUAAAGUAUGAGAUGUGUAACUUUUUGUAAUGUUAUGAAAAAAAAAAGAGGCCGAAGAUAUAUGACUCGUUAUAUGUUAGUUUAUGUGUCUUUUUAAAACCACUUGUCUUAAAGAAACUAGUUGAAUGGUGAUUGACUUGAUUAACUGUGUUGCAAUAUUGGUGAGUAAAUGCUUUUUCCUAUUUCAUUUAAGAUCUGUUGCAAAAUAUCACUAAAAAAUUACUUAAACAUUUUUGCUGUUAUUAAUGGUGUCACAUUAACAUUCAAAUAAAAUUCUAAUCUUUUAAUUAUUUUUCUUAAUAUGCAUGCCAAUACAGCUUUAUUUAUUUUAGUAGACAAAAGCUGUAAUUUAACUGUUGGUUAAUAAAAUCUGUCAAUGUUUGGUUUGUUCCUUUUUUAAAAAAAUAAAAAAUAAAAAUAAAUCUCUGUUGCCAUGACA